AUACAGGUCAAUUUGUAACAUGUGAUUUUUUUUUAACAGUAUUCUGUCAAUUUUUCGAAAAUAAAAAAAAAAAAUGAUGAAAACAGUUGUACUUUUAAUUUUUCUCUUUCUACUUCGUGCUGAAAUAAGUCUAACGCUGAGAAACGGAAAUGGGGAAACUCGACCGAAGGAUGGCAUGUUUGUCCAAAUUGAUAGAGAUAUGAAUGAGCCCCCUUACUCGGUCAUUAAUGUUUACUACACCGAGUCGCUUAUGAACGAAGAUUUAUUAAAAGAAAUAGAAAACAACAGGAAAAUAGAGCAGAACAAAAUGAAGAAUUAUUUCAGGAAGAAUUUGACAGGCAACAAAUAUUUCAUGGAUUACUCAAAAAAACAGAGGGAGCAAAUGGAGUCACUACUUGAUCUGAUGGGAUAGUCUUAUAGAGAAAUUAAAAAGUUCUUGGAUAAUUAUUCACAGAGUAUGCAUAGCGCCAUUUAAAGCUGGUAAUAACUGAGAAUGAAAAGGAAGGCAUUUGUUUUGCACACCCAAUUUAUUACAUAUGUUU